GGGCGGGGAUUCUGCAACGGAAUUUCUGGACGGUCCCGAUGGCCGGAAUCCUACCGUUGGGAUAGGGGUUAUGUAGCACGUAGAAAGUAAAUAUGAUGUUUACUCGUUCAUUCCAUUUUCCAUUCCCUUCUUUCUUCCGGGCUUCUUCUUUUGGGCUCGAGGAAGGAUCCAUGCGCGAUUCUGCGCACGCCAUGGCUUCCUGGGCGGAGAUCCGUCGUCUAAAAUGACCAGCGCACUCACUCGCCAUGGAAUCUUUAGGGCGCUGGAAAGGAAUGUAGCUCCCUAGCUAGGGAUUGGGGUGCGCAGAGGCAACACGACACGGCAGUGGCAGUCGAUCGAUCGCGAGGAGGAUUUUUUAAUCGGUGAGUGGAGCAGGGACAGGUGCGCUGUUGCUGAAAUUUCCACCGGCAUGAUGUCUAUCGGCGUGGAAAUCCUCUGCCAUAGCCGGUUUCUUGCGAGCAUUCCCAGUUCUUGGAAUAAUCUCUACUGCCAGCGGGGGGAAUUCGUUGCUGGAUCUGGAUUCUUGGAUUUUUGAUUCGCGGGGCUCGACGAAGAAUGGGGCAGGCUGGAUCGUCCAUCGCUUGCACGUACAUUGAGGAAUCGGAGCACGACUACCUCCUCCAGAUUCCAAGCCGGCACCACGGCCAAUUCGAGCAGGCAAAGUUUGGGAAAUUUCUCCUCCAGCAGCAAGAACACCAGCUGCUCCAGCAGCAGCAGCUCCAACAGCAUCGCCAUCGCGCUCUAGAUCUUCUGGAACUCGAGUCUCAAGAUGGAGAGGAGGAGGAAGAAGAGUGGGUCGAGCAGGAGGAUCUCACGUUGCUUGUGCCGGACGAAUGCCUCGAGUGGAUCUUACACAAGCUCAGCCCGGGCGACAGGACCCAGAGCUCUCUCGUGUGCCGGCGAUGGCACCGAUUGGAAGGACGCAGCCGGACGCAGCUGUCGCUGGCAGCUCACGCGGACGUGAUGCCAUUCCUCCCGCGAAUUUGCUCGCGGUUCGUCCAGCUUACCAAGAUCACGCUCAAGUGCGAUAGGAGAGAUCCCAGCAUCAACGACCGGGCGCUGGUUCUCAUCUCCAAGCACUGCAAGGGGCUCGUCAAGCUCAAGCUUAAGGGAUGCAAGGACGUGACCGACGAAGGCAUCGACCACUUCUCACGGGUGGCGCGCUCGCUCAAGAAGUUCUCGUGUGGAUCCUGCGGGUUUGGGCCGCUGGGUCUGAAUUGCCUGCUCCAGCGCUGCGCUGAUCUGGAGAGCCUGGCAGUGAAGAGGCUCCGGGGGAUCUCUCAGGCUUUUCCAGAGCUGCUCAUCUCGCCCGGGUGUGGGCGGAUCAGGAAGCUGUGCCUCAAGGAGCUGCGCAACGCGAGGCUGUUUGGGCCGCUGAUCAUCGGCUCCCCGAAUCUCCAGGUCCUCCGGCUCUCCAAGAACUUGGGACACUGGGACAAGCUCCUCGAGGCCAUCACCGAGCACCUCCCGCACCUCCUGGAGCUCCACGUCGAGAGGCUCCAGCUGAGCGAUCGCGGCCUCCAGGCGGUGGCGCAGUGCAAGUCCCUCGAGGCGCUCUACGUCGUCAAGGCGUCCGAGUGCACCAACUUUGGCCUCUCGGCGGUGGCGUUUGGCUGCCGCCACCUCAAGCGCCUCCGGCUCGACGGCUGGCGCUCGGGCCGGAUCGGCGACGAGGGGCUCAUCUCCAUCGCCAAGCGCUGCCGGGAGCUCCAGGAGCUGGUGCUCAUCCGGCUGAGCAUCAGCGUGGGGAGCCUCACCAUCAUCGGCUCCAACUGCGCCAGCUUGGAGAGGCUGGCGGUGUGCAACUGCGAGAGCUUUGGCGACGCGGAGCUGUGCUGCAUCGCCACCCGCUUCCGCGCGCUCCGGAAGCUGUGCAUCCGGUCGUGCUCGAUCACCAACUUGGGAGUGGAGGGGCUCGGGAAUGGAUGCCCGGCGCUCACCCGGCUCAAGGUCCGGAAUUGCAACCAGGUGACGAGCGAAGGCAUCGGGAAUUUGCGAGUGAGACUGAUGCGACCAGUGUGGAUAAGUCUCCUCAACGACGUCAUGCCGGUUCCUCUGAGUGUUCUUCCGGCGGUGGCGGAGGGGGAGAUCACCGCUCACAACGCCACCGCCAGCGCCAAUCACUCCACGCAAGGGGUGGUGAAUCACAGUGGCAGCAACAGGAUCCACCGGGCUUUCCAGGGAAGCUCGCAGAUGAUGAAGAGCAAGCUCAACUGGGCGACUGGAAACGCGGCCGCGGUGUCGUGCUACUGUGCCAAGCCGUGAUCGAUUCGAUGAUCUCUUGGUGACAACAAGCAAGCUCGCUCAGUUAGUCAAGCCAAUCAAAUCAAGGAUUCAUGCGAGAGAUCGACUUCGAUUCGAGGAGCAAGCUGGAGAUCGCGACGAAGGAUCGGCGUCGACAACGAUGAAUCCAUCCAUCGCUCCAGGCAGGCCAGGCUCGUUUUUUUUUUUUCUACUUCUUUUCUUUCAUUGGAUUUGAUCGUUCUCAUCUUUUGCUCUCUUUCCUGCUGCUGAUUUCGUCUCUUGUGGUUGAAAAGUAGUCAUCUGCGAUGAUCUGUUGAUCUAUUUUUCGUGUGGUUCUCUCUCUCUCUCUUUUCUUAAUUUUCUUUUAUCUGGUGACCGACCAUGUGGUUUAUCUGACACCGAUGUUUUCUUUAGAUGAUCACGACGGGUCUCUCGCCAUUAAAUAUCUUAUCAUCAAAAACUUUUUAUAUGGUUCAUGCU